AAACCUCAUCGAAGAAGAAAGAAGCUUGAGUGCAUCUGUUGUCCCUCCGAUUUAUAUCCUCACUCUUUGCUUUUUCUGUCAUUCUGCGCCCCGGCCACCUGAUCGACCAUGGCUCUGUUGAAGUCCAGCAAGGUCAUCUCCAGUAUUGGGACUUUCUCCCCAUCCCUGGGAGUUUUGUCUACCCGUAACAGCUCAUGGUGGGGUGGAGUGCAGAUGGGUCCCCCUGACCCCAUCCUGGGGGUGUCGGAGGCCUUCAAGAGGGACACCAGCUCGAAGAAGAUGAACCUGGGGGUGGGAGCCUACAGGGACGACCACGGCAAACCCUUUGUGCUCGAUUGUGUCCGCAAGGCAGAGGCUCUGAUUGCUUCCAAGCAGUUGGAUAAAGAGUAUCUGGCCAUCGGUGGUCUGGGGGACUUCACCAAGUCCUGCGCUCAGCUAGCCUUGGGGGCUGACAGUGAGGUCCUCAAGAGUGGCAGGAACAUCACUGUCCAAACCAUCUCAGGAACCGGCUCUCUGUGCAUUGGAGCCAACUUCCUGUCUCGUUUCCACAGUGCGUCCCGUGACGUGUACCUGCCCAAGCCCUCCUGGGGGAACCACACACCUAUCUUCAGAGAUGCUGGCAUGCAGCUGAAAGCCUACCGCUACUACGACCCCUCCACCUGCGGCUUCGACUUCAACGGGGCGCUCGAUGACAUCUCUAAAAUGCCAGAGAAGAGUGUGAUCAUGCUGCAUGCCUGUGCCCAUAACCCCACCGGUGUGGACCCCAAGCCUGAGCAGUGGAAAGAGAUCGCUGACCUGGUGAAGAAAAGGGACCUGUUGGUGUUCUUUGACAUGGCCUACCAGGGUUUUGCCAGUGGAGAUAUUGAUCGUGAUGCCUGGGCUGUUCGUCACUUCAUCGAGCAGGGCCACAAAAUUGUCCUGUCUCAGUCCUUCGCUAAGAACAUGGGCCUCUACGGUGAGCGAGUGGGAGGGUUCACUGUGGUGUGUAACGAUGCAGAGGAAGCUAAGAGGGUGGAGUCUCAGCUGAAGAUUCUGAUCCGGCCAAUGUACUCCAACCCUCCAAUGAAUGGAGCCAGAAUCGCUGCCACUAUUCUCAACACACCAGACCUUUAUAAAAUCUGGUUGGAGGAGGUCCACGGCAUGGCCAACCGCAUCAUCAAGAUGAGGGAGCAGCUGGCGGCCAACCUGAAAAACGAGGGCUCCACUCUCGACUGGCAGCAUGUCAUCGACCAAAUCGGCAUGUUCUGCUUCACAGGCCUCAAGCCUGAACAGGUUGAGCGUCUGACUAAGGAGUUUUCAGUGUACAUGACCAAGGAUGGUAGAAUCUCCAUGGCAGGCGUCACUUCCAGCAACGUGGGAUACCUAGCGCAUGGAAUCCAUGCCGUCACUAAGUAAAAAGGAGAAUGCUGGGAGAAACAGCGGGGCACGGUGGUGCUGGACACAAUCCAAAUUAAAAUAACUGAAAAAGAG